AUGUUCCUCUCCUUCCUAGCGUUGAUCGCAGAGGGCCUGCUGGAACCUCUGGGGAUGGGGCUUUGCGGGGUGAGUGUCAUUGAAAGAUCUCAUCCGGGGCCUUCUGGCCCACCAGCUGCCUUGCAGCGACGGGCUUGUUCCUUCAUGCCUCCGCUAACAAGUUCCAAAAAGAUCCAAGGCACUCUAUUCCAUCUCCUGCCCUUGCCUUCUCUGCCUCUUUUACAAACUGGUCUCCUCUCAGGAAACCCCACUGAUUUGGCAGAAAAGGAUAGUAUUCUGAGCAAGACUACCGAGAAAAUGAUCCCCUUGAGAAAGCACACUCUCUAUCUGGAAUAUGUUUCGGGGUUCAAGAAUGGCAAGGAUGUCCCCAAGGAUAUAACACUUGGGACGACCCUGCCGUUUUCAGCCCCGACCAAAGAGAUCUGGGCUUUUCAUGAGUACAGCGUGGCAAGUGGUAUUUAUCAGUUUGUGUAUUUCAGAGCCAAGGGGCUGGAGAAGGAGGAGAAGUUGCGGCGCGUGGUCAGACAGGUCCUGAAGUGCGACGUGACUCAGAGCCGGCCGCUGGGCGCCGUGUCCCUGCCCCUGGCCGACUGUCUGCUCAGCACACUGUGCCUGGACGCCGCCUGCCCAGACCUCCCUGCCUACUGCACAGCCCUCAGGAACCUCGGCAGCCUGCUAAAGCCGGGGGGCUUCCUGGUGGUGGUGGACGCCCUGAAGAGCAGCUACUAUAUGAUCGGCGAGCAGAGGUUCUCCAGCCUCUGCCUGGGCCAGGAGGCAAUAGAGGCUGCUGUGAGGGAGGCUGGCUACUCCGUUGAGCGGUUUGAGGUGAUCUGUCAAAGUUAUUCCUCUACCAUGUGUGACAACGAAGGGCUUUUCUCCCUGGUGGGGCGGAAGCUGAGCAAAUCUGUAUGACCCCUUGUGGUUUCAAUUAAAGCGAUUCCUCUCUCUGGC